AAAGAAGAAUGGAGGAAAAUUGCAGUGUCCACAUGUGCAAAGCUGUUAGAGACCUAUCCACACAGAAUCAAGACUGUAAUUGCUGCCAAAGGUGCAUCUACUUGACUUGAAGGGGGAAUUGUAUAGUUUUCCGCAUGCGCGAGGAGCUUCUCAGAAAAGCAGAAGUGGGCGAGUCCCAAAUCAACAGUUCUUCAGGAAAUCCACGCAGAUGUUAAGCUUUAUACUCCUGCUGUUGAAGAAUUAACUGCAGAAGGUGGAUAACCACGAAGCUGUGAGGACUGGAAACCACGCUCUUACAGAUAUACUAUCUAAUGAAAAUGGUAUCCCGUGGUAGUGUGAACCAUCCAUACAUGCAAUAUCCACAGAUACAAGAUAAGAUAUUUCGAUUCUUGACAUUAACUGUGAUUAUCUAUGAGGUUCUGAUGUUAGGAGGUGCACAUGGCUGGUUAUACCAUUACUCCGAUAAAAACAUGAUUUGGGCUACGGCAAGGGCUUACUGUCGGAGAAGAUACACGGACAUGGUGGCAAUACAGAAUAAGGAGGAAAUUGAUUUCCUGGUAAACCAUUUGUCAAGUACGAGGGGUCACGUCUGGAUUGGUUUGAGGAAGCGCAACAACACCUGGACCUGGAUUGGAACACGUCGCAAAUUGGAGGAUAUAGGCGAGAACUGGGCUCGUGGUGAACCCAACAAUGGAAAGGCUAAUGAAGACUGUGUGGAAAUGUACAUCAAUGUGGGAGAAAAUUCAGGAAAGUGGAAUGAUGAGCCUUGCAAGAAAAGGAAGAGGCCACUGUGUUACCAAGCUUCAUGCGCUCCAGACAGUUGCAAUGGCCAUGGUGAAUGUGUGGAAACAAUUGGUUCAUUUAAGUGUGUUUGCUAUGAGGGAUUCUAUGGAAAACUAUGCCAAGAUGUUCUUAAGUGCCUCAGACUGGAGACUCAUGACCACGGCAUUAUGAACUGUUCUGAUCCUUACGGAACUUUCAGCUACAACUCAACUUGUGACUUUAGUUGUGUUGAAGGAUUUUCAAUACAAGAAGACAAGGAAAAGAGGCUGCGAUGUACUGCUUCUGCAAACUGGGCUGCACCUGUACCCAAGUGCGAAGCUAACAGGUGCAGAGGGGUGGAGGUUUCCAGAAAGGAUGUCAUGAACUGCUCUGAUCCAUUUGGAAAAUUCCGCUACAAUUCAACCUGUACUUUUGGCUGCAGAGAAGGAUAUGUGGUGAAUGGAGCAGAGAGAAUCCAGUGUUUAGCUUCUGGUCAAUGGACAGAGCAACCACCCAGAUGCAAAGUUCAACAAUGUGAAACUUUGGCAACUCCAGAGCAUGGCACGAUGAAUUGCAUUGAUCCUUUUCAAGAUUUUGGAUACAACUCAACAUGUGAUUUCAACUGCUCUGAAGGAUUUUUGUUAAAUGGACUAAGCAGGCUCCAGUGUAAAAUUUCUGGGCAAUGGUCAGCCCAAACACCAACAUGUGAAGCGGUGAAAUGCAAUGAACUGAAGGGCCUUCCUAAUCUCUCCAUGAAUUGCUCAGACCCCUUUGGAAGUUUCAGUUAUGGCUCAGUAUGUGACUUUCUCUGUGAGGAUGGAUUUACCUUACAGGGGUCAGACAGACUGAAGUGUGAAGUUUCUGGGCAGUGGACGUCAGAGAUACCCGUCUGUAAAGCUGUUCAAUGUACACCACUGAAAAUUCCUGAGCGAGGUAACAUGGACUGCAAAAAUAUAUAUGGAGAUUUCAGUUACAACUCGACAUGUGUGUUCAGCUGCAUUGAAGGGUUUGCAGUAAAUGGAUCUAACAAUCUUCAGUGUGAAGCCUCUCGUCAGUGGACAGCAGAAGUCCCCACUUGUGAAGUUGCAAAAUGCACAGCACUGGAGGAUCCUGAGCAAGGGUGGAUAAACUGCUCCCAUCCCCUUGGGCCUUUCUCUUACCAUGCAACAUGUGACUUCAAGUGUGAAAGGGGCUUUGUAUUAAAUGGAUCAGAAACCAUUCGGUGUGGAGCCUUUGGACAAUGGACACCACAAAUACCCUCCUGUGAAGCCAUGAAAUGUGAUAUGCUGAGAAAUCCAGACAGAGGAUCCCAUAACUGCACCCAUCCCAUCGAUCACUACAGUUACAAUUCGUCUUGUGACUUCAGCUGUGCAGAAGGGUUCAUGUUAGUGGGAUCACGCAGACUUGAAUGCAGAGAUUCUGGACAGUGGACAGCAGAAAUACCCACAUGUAGAGCUGUAACCUGCCAGACAAUAACACAGCCAGAACGAGGGAUGUUAGACUGCACCCAUCCCUUUGGAGACUUCAAUUACAGCUCAAAGUGCACCUUUGACUGCACAGAAGGGUUUCUGCUACAGGGGUCAGAAGUGCUUCAGUGUGAAGCCAAUGGACAAUGGACAGCACCCAUUCCCAACUGUAAAGCUGUAACCUGUCAGGCGCUGACAGACCCUGAACAAGGGGUGAUGAACUGCUCACAUCCUAUUGGGGACUUCAGUUAUAGCUCAAUGUGUGACUUCAGCUGUGUUGAAGGGUUUGCACUGAAAGGGUCAAAAAGUCUGCAGUGUCAAAGCAAUGGGCAAUGGACUGCACAAAACCCCAACUGUGAAGUUCUAAUCUGUGCAAGACUGGUGCAACCUGAACAAGGUGCAAUGAACUGUUCCCAUCCCAUCGGACACUUCAGUUUCAACUCAACAUGCGACUUCAGCUGUGCUGAGGGGUUUAUACUGAAUGGUUCAGACCAUUUACAAUGUGAAGCUAAUGGGCAGUGGACAGCACAGAGCCCCAAAUGCACAGCCAUGAAAUGUGACAUGCUGAGAAGUCCAGACAGAGGAACCUAUAACUGCACCCAUCCCAUCGAUCACUUCGGUUACCGGUCGUGGUGUGAUUUUAGCUGUGCUGAAGGGUUCACAUUAAUGGGAUCACACAGACUUGAAUGUAGAGCCUCUGGACGUUGGACAGCAGAAAUACCCACCUGUAGAGCUGUAACCUGCCAGACAAUAACACAGCCAACACGAGGGAUGGUAAACUGCACCCAUCCCUUUGGAGACUUCAGUUACAGCUCAACCUGCAGCUUUGACUGCACAGAAGGGUUUCUGCUGCAGGGGUCAGAAGUGCUUCAGUGUGAAGCCAAUGGACAAUGGACAGCACCCAUUCCCAACUGUAAAGCUGUAACCUGCCAGACAAUAACACAGCCAGAACGAGGGAUAGUAAACUGCACCCAUCCCAUCGGAGACUUCAGCUACAGCUCAACGUGCUCCUUUGACUGCACAGAAGGAUUUCUGCUGCAGGGGUCAGAAGUGCUUCAGUGUGAAGCCAAUGGACAAUGGACAGCACCCAUUCCCAACUGUAAAGCUGCAUCUUGUCAAAUAUUGACAGACCCUGAAAAUGGGGCGAUGAACUGCUCACAUCCUAUUGGGGACUUCAGUUAUAGCUCAAUGUGUGACUUCAGCUGUGUUGAAGGGUUUGCACUGAAAGGGUCAAAAAAUCUACAGUGUCAAAGCAAUGGGCAAUGGACUGCACAAAACCCCAACUGUGAAGUUCUAAUCUGCGAGAAAAUGAUGCAACCUGAACACGGUGCAAUGAACUGUUCCCAUCCCAUCGGAAGCUUCAGUUUCAACUCAACAUGCGACUUCAGCUGUGCUGAGGGGUUCACGUUAAUGGGAUCACACAGACUUGAAUGCAGAGCCUCUGGUCGGUGGACAGCAGAAAAGCCCACAUGUAGAGCUGUGAAAUGUGAUGCACUGAAGACACCAGAUUAUGUCUCGAUGAACUGCACCCAUCCGUUCGGAAAGUUUAGUUACAGUUCAAAGUGUGAAGUGAGCUGUCUGGAAGGUUCUGUUUUGAAACGAGCAGUAGAAAUCGAAUGUACAAACUCAGGAAACUGGACAAAUACGUUGCCAUUUUGCAAAGCUACGCAACAAUUUCGUGCGUCGGAUUUUUUGCUUUAUGUGGGUGUGGUUGCUGCAGCAGCUGUUCUCGGUCUCAUUAUCGCCAUGAUAAUGAUCUGGAUUAGAAGGAAAAUGAAGUCACAAGUUCCACCUCAUCACUCCUCCACCUCCCCUCUUACACCGUUACCCCACUUAAUGCUACCACACAGAUCACUGAUACAUUAUAGUGCUCUUAGUCCUGCUGACCCAACACUCCCAGCUUCAGAUGAAUCACAAAAGCUAACCUCUGAAAGUGCUGAAGUUAAACAAGAUACGUUCGAAAAUCCUACAUUCAUGAAUAAUAUUUAAGGAUCCAUGUGAUUAAGACAAAAUCCGUACAAAUGUGAAAAGGACACAGGGCCAGCGAAUGUUUUACUUUGACCAUGACCAUUUGUCUUCAUUGCGUCCAGAGAUUUUGCCUUAUUUUCUGACAUUAAAUCCUGGAUGUGGUAAACCUCCUCCAGCAAGUUCCCAGGAAAAACCAAAGACAAUCGUUUUGCCCCUGGAAAUACUUGGAUCAUUAUUUUCUUUUCUUGAACUGGAAAGAGAAAUUCAAUAACUUGGUGUACCAAGCUGGGCAUUCUCCAUAGCACUUUUCCAUUGUUGUUCAACUUUGUAACAUUCCACUUCUCAAUACCCUAUGUCUCAUCCAUAAUGCACAUUUUAUUCCUGUUAUGACACCCAAUAAAAUACUUACCCCUAUCCCGGCCAAGAUCCACAGGUAUUUUGUGUUCCUGAGAACCAUCUUGGAACCUUAAUGGCAUAAGCAAAAUACCAGUCCAUUGAACCAUGUUUGUUCUCUGCACUGGAAUCCAGUUAGUUCCAUUCAUUCCCCUACUCUCUCUCAAUUGCACUGGAUGUUAAUUUCCCUCAAAUGCUGAUCCAAUUAACCUCCACUUCCACCACCUUUGUGUGUAGCAAGUUCUAGGUCAUUGCCAUCUACUGUAUAAGAAGGGUAUUGCAGCCUCUCCCCCCCUCCCCCGCCAAAUCUUUAAAUAUACACCUAAUCCUUGUACCAUGAGUUAAUGGAAACAGCUUUUCUGUCUUCCUUACCUAAACCUCUCAUCCAUACACCUCUGUCAGAUCUGUUUUCAACCUCUCUUGCUCUAAGGAGAUGUCCCCAGCUUCCCUAUCCGUACUCCUUCAUCCUUAGAACCAUUCUAGUAAAUCCCCUCAGCAUGCUCACCUUUUUUCAUUAAUUAUUUCCAUUAAUUUCCAUUCAAGUGCCAUUAAUGUACAUUCUGCCGAAUGGCUUAUUCUUCAUUUACCCAGCCUACAGCUUCUCCACUAAAUUCCUGCUCGCUGGUACUUUCAUGGUUUUGCUUCAUGUAUCUCUAGUAUGUAAUGAUUCUGACUAUGCAUAACAGUCUAAAGUUUGCUUUUUUGAGCAAACAAUAUAUGGGUGUGUAAGUUGUAAAUGGAUUUCCGUAUAUUUGAAUGGUUAACCAGGGCUUGGUCUUCAUUAUAGUUUUCCUACCUUCAGUGGAAGUUUGAAAUGUCAAACCAGCAUAACUAUAUUGUCUUUGAAGCAAAUCAUGCAAUAAAAUAUUUACAAAACCUAUACCAUAGAGGGUAAGGAAAUAAUCAAUUAAAUUCAAUAACAUUGAAUUUAAAGAAGGUACUAUCAUUUCAAAACUCUAAAACUGCUAAACAAGCAGAUCUUGUUGUGCUUAUGUUCACGGCUUAUUCUAUCAACAAUUUAAUUAUCUCUGUCAUGGUAUGUAACCACUCCACAGCACAAACCAUAUUUUGUUGAACUAUGGUUUAAACUAGCCGGUUGUGUAGCAGCAUCUGCGCGGGACUUGCAGGCGAAUGGUCCCUGGCUUGAAUCCAGCUGGCUCCUUGCCCACUUUCCACCUGUGCUGGGUUGAGUGUCAAACUAGCAACUUGGCCUUGUUUUAAAAAAAAAGAGACAAAUGCUAAAGAAAUGCCAAUGUUGC